AUGUCGGCUUCCUCCAAAAUCCCCCCAAUUGCGCUGCCGUUUGUCAGUGAGCGUGCAAAGCAGACUCUGGAUCUAGUCCAAGAAUUCGUUGAGAAAGACUGCAUCCCCGCUGAUUCCGUUUUCCAAGCUGAACUGGGUGAGGGAGCCCAGCGAUGGACCGCUACCCCUGCUAUCCUCGAGGAGCUGAAAGCCAAGGCCAGAAAGUUGGGGCUGUGGAAUAUGUUUUUGCCCAAGAACCAUUUCAAGGAGGGCGCCGGCUUCAGUAACUUGGAGUACGGAUUGAUGGCGGAAUAUCUGGGCCGAAGUCGGGUUGCCAGUGAGGCUACCAACAAUGCGGCUCCAGACACUGGAAACAUGGAGGUAUUAGCCAAGUAUGGAAACGAGGCACAGAAGAAGCAAUGGCUCGUGCCUCUGUUAGAGGGCAAGAUCCGCUCUGCUUUCCUCAUGACAGAACCAGAUGUUGCGUCCAGCGAUGCUACAAACAUCAAGCUCGAUAUCCGAAGAGAGGGCAAUGAAUACGUCAUCAAUGGCCAGAAAUGGUGGUCCUCUGGAAUCGGUGACCCAAGAUGCAAAAUCCUAAUUGUCAUGGGCAAGACCGACACCAACAACCCGGACCCCUAUAGACAACAAUCCGUCGUCCUCGUUCCUAUGGAUACACCAGGUAUCAACGUCCACCGCAUGUUGACCGUCUACGGCUACGACGAUGCCCCGCACGGCCACGGCCACGUCUCCUUCAACAACGUCCGCGUACCGGCCUCCAGCGUGGUUCUCGGUGAGGGAUGUGGUUUCAAGAUCAUCCAAGGUCGCCUCGGACCCGGCCGCAUCCACCACGCCAUGCGCGCUAUCGGCGCCGCCGAGAGAGCUCUCGAGUACCUCAUCGCCCGCGCCAACGAUGAGUCGCGCAAGCCCUUCGGCGCUGUCCUGUCUUCCCACGGCGUCAUUCUCGAAUGGAUCGCCAAGUCCCGCAUUGAGAUUGACGCUGCACGUCUCACCGUGCUGAAUGCCGCGAUCAUGAUCGAUAAUGGCGAUGCCAAGAGCGCGUUGAGGGAGAUUGCGGAGGCCAAGGUGCUUGUGCCACAGACGGCGCUGGCUGUCAUUGACCGUGCGGUGCAGGGGCAUGGCGGCAUGGGCGUCUGUCAGGAUACGCCACUGGCAUCCAUGUGGGCGGGUAUCCGCACAUUGAGGCUGGCUGAUGGCCCUGAUGAGGUUCACUUGCAGCAGAUGGGUAAGAGAGAGAAUAAGCAGCGGAUGGCCGAAGUGACGAACAAGAUCAAUUGGCAGAAGGCAGAGGCGCAGCGAUUAUUGAAUGCUAAAGGACUUAAGAGCCAGUUGUAA